AUGAAUGUUCCAAGUGUAAUCGUUCUACUAUGCGUUGCUCUACACAACGCGGCAGCAAACACUGUAAAUCAGAAGCCUGAACCAUGUGAUGGUGGACAUUGUGUGCCGAAACAUUUGUGUCCAACGGGGAGGGCCAAUAAUGUUCCAAUCCUGGAACAAAAUGGUGUAAUAGCGUUGGAGGUCGACGAAGACAACGAAUGUGGAGAUUUCAUGAAGAUAUGCUGCAAGGAGUCGAAUAUCAAUUCGAACAUAGCUGAUAACAAGUGUGGAAUUUCAAACCCUCAAGGAUUAGUGUACCAAGUGAGGUCGAAUCUGACGUACGCAAAAUAUGCGGAGUUUCCCUGGACGGCAGCAUUGUUUCUAAUGCCUUUUUCAUCGGAGAGUAAUGAAUUGACAUACCUAGGCGGAGGCGCUCUUAUACAUCCAAAGAUUGCCAUAUCGGCAGCACAUACGUUGAGGAAGUCAUACCGUCAUAUAGCUCGGUUCGGUGAGUGGAACCUUGAGUCAGAUGCGGAGAUCUAUCCAUCACGGGAUAUUGAGGUAGAGGCAUAUGCUGUACACCCGUCUUAUCGGGGAUCGUUUACACCCGAUAUCGAUAUUGCUAUUGUAUUGCUGAAAGAAGCUGUCAUCUACACGGAACACAUUCGACCCCUGUGUCUUCCAAGUGAACAAGACGUAUUUGUUGGUAGUCGGUGCAUUGCUGCCGGAUGGGGAUGGGACCCACGAACUGGACAGUCAGCAUCCAUCAUGAAGCGCAUGGAGAUGAAAGUUGUGCACCGCAGACAUUGUGAGAUGCUGAAUCGGCGGUUAGGUAUAUCAGUACCACAAGAGCCCAAUGUUAUGUGCGCUAACACAGCUGUGGACCAAAAUGCGUGUAUCAAAGAGGAUGGAACUCCUUUGCUCUGUCAAAGGGACGAUGGGUCUUACGUAUUGGCGGGACUAGCUCUUCGGCAGUUGGAUUGUGAACAAUCCGAUGAUCCUGCAGUGUUUGUGAACGUGGCGAAUUUUGCUGGCUGGCUUCGUCGCAUGAUUUCCCAAUACGAAGAGUGGCUGUAG